AUGUCUCUCUCGCUGCUAUCUUCCCAUCGCCAUGAUGUUCUGCCUAAUCUCUCACCGACCCUCAAAGAUUCCUCACCAUUUCUAACUGUCACCUUUCACCUUCUCCCCGCUGUUCACCAGACCUCUCCUUCACGUGCCACUCCUCUCCAUCUCCAUCUCAGAUUUCAAGAAGCUCGCCGCUACUGCUUGGAGGCAGAUAUACCUCUUGGAUGUGGUUUCAGAUCUUGUUUAUCGCCAGAUCUUCGACUUCCUUGUUGUCAUUGCUUUUGUACCAGUACCCUUGUGUUGCUUGGUCAGUAUAUGGAUUGGAAAGGUUGGUCGGAUUCACUCUCUAUACUCUUCAAAGGCUCAACAUUUUGGUACAAGUUUACCUAUGUUAGUGUAACCGAUAUUAAAAUUGUUAUUCCCACAGUAGUUGUGGUACCAAUCACAGGCAUUAAAUCACUGAAUGUGUUCAUUAUGUUCCUUGGCGUCAUUCCACUACUUAGGCCUAAUGUUGUCGAGAUAUGA